AUGCGCGCCGAGCUCGUGUCGGCAUUUGCGCACCUUGCCCACGCGGUGCUCACCGCGCUGACGACGCUGGACCCGGUAGACAACGACGACGAUAUGGACGCGCUGGUUGAUGAGCUCCGAAACUUUCUGCAGGUCCCGACCGAGCUCGUGGGCGUCGACCACCAGUUGCCCAUGGCGUGUGGUGAAGCAACCCAUUGCUAG